AUGAGUGAUUAUCAACAGCAACGACAAAACAUUCAGCUCACUGAAAAUGAUUGGCGAACUCUUUUGAGAAACGGCGGAAUACAGGCUUUGAUACAAAAGCAAAAAGACAUCGAGAAUGAAUACAAAAAUCAACCGGUGCUGAUUGCUUUGAUUGGUGAAGCGGGCUGUGGUAAAUCAACACUUAUUCGCCGUUUUAUGGGCAUGUCACCCGACGACGAAGGUGAGCCAAAGAUUGGCGAAUGUGUUAGUGAAUGUACAAAAGAAGGCAGAGAAUAUCGCAAAUCUGGUACUUCAGUUGUAUAUGUGGAUUUACCUGGCGUUGGUAGUACUACUAGCUCAUGUGCUUUCACAACUCCCAAAGAACAAAUUAACUAUUGCAAACUCUACAGGCUUCAUACGGUGGAUUAUUUCGUUCUUCUCUCGCACAAUAAAUUUACUGAACAAGACAAGCGUCUGGCUAAAUACAUCACUGAUGAAUUGAAGAAAAAAUUCGUUUUCGUACAAACAAAAAUAGAUUUGUUACGUUUGGAAGGCGGAAAUAAAUUGCUAGAAAAGCGUGCAGGUUUUGAUGCCGUCAAGGCCAAGAUUCGUGAGCAACUUCAAACGCAACUUGCUGCUGACAAUGUUCACAAAAUCUUUCUUGUGUCCAAUCAGUUCAUCGAAAGUGAAUCCGACGGAAAAACAAUUUACGAAUAUGACCAAUCUCCAGAUUAUGAAUUUGAUCGAUUAUGGGAAGCGAUACAAAGUGACAUGAUAUCGGAAGAUGGAUUGGGUGCUGAGAAGGGGAGAGCGUUUGUAUUAGCAACUGGUGCUGUUUGCGAAAGUGCUAUCCGUACCGCAGCUAAUUCGCUUCGAAAGCAGAAAUGGGGAUGGGCAACGCUCUCGGGAGUAAUUGGCGCUGUGCCUAUACCAGGUGUUUCUAUUUCAUGUGAUAUUGCUAUUAUUGUCACCAAAGCAACGGACUACUUUUUUCUAUUUGGACUCAAUCCAAUCAAUUUCAUGGGACCAGGUACUGCCAAAGAAAAAUUAACAAAUCUAAUCCAAGCUUUGUACGCAAGCCUGGGAGUUCGUGCUAGUGCAAUCUUGGGAACAAUGCUAGGUAUUAGUGCAGGCGAAGAAUCUGUCAAAGCUGUGCCUGUUGUUGGUGUUGCAAUCGGUAGUUUUGUAGGUGCUGGUGUGUCUUUCGCAUCGACGUGCGUUAUACUAGGUCAAGUGAUCGAUUUUUGCGAGAAGGAAGCUCUCAAACUUAUCCAUAGAAACUAA